AUGCUCUCCUCGACUCGUCAAGCAUGCGUGAGGCGUCUCACCUCCUCACUUCCCUACCCUCCUGCUUUGCCCGCAGAAUCAUCCCGGCAAGCUAUCCUUCGCGCCGCCAGAGUCGCUCAAGCACCCAUACGGCGAGUUCACUCUGACUCAGCCUCAACUUCAGUUUCAAGAAGGAACAGCAAAGAUGUGCCGUCGUCCACUACUAGGAAGACGAGAGGUAUAUCAUCUGGAGUGACAUCGAACGCUGCAUUAGCUUAUGCGGAGGACAGUCGAUCGACGCGUUAUGAUCGGAGGGAUCAAUCGAUAGGGAUAACGAACGAUGAUGAAUAUACGCUUCAACCGAAUUCUGAUCCACCUACACCUGAAUGGUUAGAUUCAUGGUUAUACACCUACGACUUAUCGACACUCCCUCCAUCGCCUUUACCUCCUCUAGAAACUUUUCGAGGUCUUGUCGUCUCUCAACCUCUCUUAGCUCUGUUAACGCUAUCGACACUUCCUCAAUCCGAUCUUCGGUUGAUCAAGCACCAUGAUCUUCGAUCACUCAUGCAUGGAUGCAAUCGCGUAUUGAGGGAACGCCCAGUACUCCUAAGUCGAUUAAAUAACGAUCAGGUACUUAAAUCACUAAGAAUUCUACGAGCGAUACUGUUCUCUUUAUCUGGGGGUAAUAAAGGUCAUGAGAAUUUAUAUCAAGGCAAUUACUUUAGGGGUAAAAUCGUUAGACAAUUCUUAGGACUAUGUUCAAGGUUGAACCAACUUAGAUUGUACAAGUCGGUCUUUCAGGAUAGACUCAGAGAACAACUGUCUCAUCUAGACGAAGGAGUGAUCUACUUUGACAAUAUAGUAGAAGAUCUAGCGUUGACCUAUAGAUGGAAAUUGAUAAUCGAACUAUUCAAUCCUGAUUCCUUCCCUCGACAAUACUACACAUCGGAUAUACUGGCGUAUUAUCUGCAAGCACAUUUUGGUAUAUUUCAAUUAACCAAGAUACCCCGUCUAUUCCAAUUAUAUCGAGCUUUCGAUCUUCAACCAACAGCCGAAGCGUACAAUCACUUGAUUCAGUCAUAUUUGGAGAUGGGCGAUGUACCUACUGCCAGAGAUAUAGUUAGAGAAGCUAAUGAGAAGGGUAUAGCAGAUUACCAGACUCAGCAAUUAUCGAUAUUACGUGGAUAUAGAGCGUUGGGAUAUGAUGCGGAUAUUGAAAAUAGGGUAUUGAGCGAUAUUGAGAGAUUGAAUAUACCACUAUCAGCAAGGUUGUUGAAUGCGUUGAUCAGGUUGAGGAUGCAAAAUGGAGAUUUGACUUCGGCCAAGUAUCUUGCGAAAAGAUUUGAUCUGAACGAUUGGACGGGAAUACAAGAUACAUCAACCCGUUUAUCACCUCGUAACGAUAUAAAGGUUAAACCGAAUCUUGCUACUGCGACGUUGGUCUUUGACUUGUAUAGUCAAACGGGAGAUAUAGAAGAUCUAAGAUCGUUAUGGAGGGAUAUGAAAGUUGGACAAGUCGGUAUAACCGAUCAGACCAUUACGACCUUACUCCGAGCUCUUAACGGAUUGAACCUCCUCGACGAAGCUGUAUCGAUAUUCGAACCUUCCCUGGCGGAUAAUGAGUGGGCGUUACCUGAUGGGGUCAAACCGGAUAUCAAGUCGUUCAAUUACCUUAUAGGUGUAUUGGGUAGACAAAGAGGAUUGAAAGGUAUAGAAUCGGGUUUGGCCCUUUUACAUGAAUAUGGAGUCAGACCUGAUGAUUUGACGUUGAAGAUUGUGGUGGAUUUCGUUAGACAAUCGAUUCAUCAUACACCUACGGAAUUGGCGAAUUGGGUAGAAAGGAUAAUGAAUUCGUCGACAUUGAAACCUACUCAUUCCCUGUUGGAUUCGAUAAUCCAAAGCGCUAUCAAAUCGAUUGCUCGGACCAGCAAGACCUCACGAAAGGACAUAGACCUGUUAAGACCAUCGACAUCUUCCAACACUUUCUCACCUACAGCUGGAUUGAACCUCUCACCGCAAUUCCGACGAUCACUAGAGGGGAUAUUAAACGCUCUAAAGUCUGUAGGUUCAACAUCCGGUUCUCGAUCUUUGGUCAAUCGAUUACGAUACGAUUCGAUGACUUCCAGUCGAAUAUCGAAUUUACCGUCUGCUAGGAUAGUGUGGAAUUCAUUGAUUCAAAGAGGGUAUAAACCUGAUCAAAGACAUUUUGUCGCUUUGAUGCAAGGUUAUUCAGAUGCUGGAUUGAUGUACCAGGCUCAAGAUUUGUUGGGUUUAGCAGAUCAAGUUGGAUGUAGGAUAACCAAAUCGAUGUUGUUCACCCUCUUAGUCGGUUGGGGGAAGAUUCAAAGACCAACGGAAUCUAGAAAGAUAUAUGAAAGAAUUAGAUUGAUGCCUGAUCCAUAUUCAAAAAGAAGGGUUAAACAAGUUGAAUUGGAGAUUAUAACGGCUAUGAUCCAAGCGUAUAACAAUUCUGGACAGUACUCGGAAGCCUCCUUGAUGUGUUAUACGGAUUUGAGAGAAUUAGAUAUUCACUUGGAUCGAAAAGCCAUCGUGGUCUCUUCUCAAGCUCUAAGAGGUCAGGGAGAUUUGAAAGGAUGUCUGAGUGUCUUGGAGAAAUAUGGUCCCGCUUUAGAUAGAAUCACGAGAAAGAUCGUUAGGGGAGUGAGGAACUAUCAGAGGAAGAAAUUGGUUUUACCUGUUAAUUCGCCUAUAGUCUCCACCUCCACCACUACGGAUACGUUCCUGACUCAAGAUCAUACUCAAUUAGAGAAUUUGAGGGAAAUUGAGAUGAUGAUAGAUGAUGAUGGUCGUCAUCAUACUCAUAGACACUUGGAGAAGCUCAAAGAAGAUCAAGAGAUUUUGGAUCUUUCAGAGAGAUUACUCCGAGAAGAUGAUUUGGCCAGGCCGAUUGAACUUCGUCGAAUGACUAGGUUAAACAAUCGAACAAAUCGAGCGUUGAAGAGGGCCCUUUUGGGUGAACAAGCGGUGAAAGAGAGGAAUAAAGAUCUGACUGAGAGUAGACGGAUAUAUAGAUCCGAUGAGAAGAGGGGUAGGGUCAGAAGGAGGAUCGUCAGGAGUUUGAAGAGACGGCUGGUGGGUGGAUUAAGUACCGUGAGGAUCGGAGAGGUUGGACAGAGGGCUUGGAAAGAGAGAAAGAACAGGAGAAGAUAUAAAGGUAAAAUGAACGAAGAGUAG